AGAAUAAAAAAAUUAAACCCAGCCGCCAAAAUGGCAGCUAAAGAAGAAGAAAUAAACAUAUAAGUAUAAUCGAAUUAUUCCUUUAUAAAUAUUCACUCAAACCUCAGUCAAGUAAACAGGCAAAAAAAAUCCUUCAUCAAAUGUUAAAAAGCAAGAAAACAGACAGCUCCAUCUCUCGAGACACAACUCAAAUAAAGAAAAGACAAAAAACCGAGAUGGCUCAGAAUGGUUCGAACAGUACCGUGAAGCUUAUUGGUACAUGGUCAAGCCCGUUCGCCUUGAGGGCUCGAAUCGCUCUACACCUCAAGUCAGUAGAGUACGAGUACAUAGAAGAAGCCGAUGUUCUGAAGUCGAAGAGCGACCUUCUUCUUAAAUCCAAUCCUAUCCACAAGAAAGUCCCUGUCCUAAUCCAUGGUGAUGACUCAAUCUGCGAGUCUCUCAACAUCGUUCAGUACGUAGACGAAGCCUGGCCGUCCAAGCUUUCUAUCCUCCCUUCCAAUCCCAAAGAACGUGCUUCUGCUCGUUUCUGGGCUCACUUCGUUGACGGAAAGGGCUUUGAAUCAAUCGAUGCGGUGGCUGGAGCUAAGGAUGACGCCGGGAGGAUGGCGGCGGCAGGAAACCUGAUGGAAUCUCUCGCAGCGUUGGAGGAGGCGUUUCAGAAGAGCAGCAAAGGUGGAGAGUUCUUCGGAGGCGAAAACAUUGGCUACGUCGACAUCGCAUGUGGAGCCAUAGUGGGCCCACUUUCUGUCAUUGAGGCGUUUUCAGGUGUGAAGUUUCUGAGUCAAGAUACAACACCGGGUUUGGUCCAAUGGGCCGAGAGAUUCAGAGCCCAUGAAGCUGUGAAACCUUACAUGCCCACCGUUGCUGAGUUCGUCGAGUUUGCUAAACAAAAGUUCAAUGUUCAGUGAGAGUGACUUUAAAAGGAAAAUCUUUAAAGUGUUGGAAUCUGAUUUAUGCUUUGCCAAAAACAUUGUUGUAAGAGUUACUAUUUGCAAGAAAUGUAAUAAUAAUUCGUUAUACCGAAUAUAAUAAACACCAUGCUUGGGUUGCUUACAAUCUAUCCACAUUAGUUUAGAGUC